UUUUUUUUUUCCUUCUAACGGCCCAUCAUCAUCACUCUCCCCUGCUGCUCUGCUUCCGAGAACUUAAAGGGUCGCAACGGGAACCUACAGUGGUGGUCGCAACAGGAAAUUCAUUAAGCGCAUUAAGCAACAGGCAAGAGCGUCUUUGCGCCAACAUCUGUUCGGAAAGGACUCCUGUUUUCUGGGGAGACACAGCAUCUCUAGCCGGGCUCUCUUCCUCGUAGAAAAAGUUUGAGACAGUCAGGGAAUCUUUGGGAGGACGGUGACACCCGUCCAUCACACUAGCCCACCAUGCCGGCCGAAAUUCUAUCAGAGCUACCAUUGAGGCCAGCACCGAGAGACAUCAAAAUCCCCAACGCCAUGCACAAUGAAGAGAGGCGGCACAAACACUCUCGCUCCUCCUACUCAGAGAUGUCCCCUCUCAUGUCGCGAAACAACUCUCUGACUUGGCGUCCUGCCAAACGCCCCAUGCCGACCCCCGAUAAGACGAUUGCGGUCAUCAACGCCGCCGGCCGACAGGCUGCUUCUUUCAUCAGAGUAGCCACUGCCGUUGGCUUCCACGUACGAGCCCAAAUGAGGAAUCUCGAGGGUGUUGUGGCCACCGAAGUGUCGACGAAUCCCAACGUUACCGUUCUGCAGGGUGAGCUUUACACCAAAGAGACCCCUGCGGAAAGUGAUAAGGGACAAUGUGUCGACGUCACCAAGAAUGGACCCAUUUCCGGCAUCGGCGUGAACGACGCCCUCAUCUCCGAACUCUUCAGAGGCGCUCAGCUUGCCUUUAUCAACACCACCUUCUAUGGCGACGAGGAAAGGAUUGGCAUGGCCCUGGCAGACGCUGCUAAGAAGGCCGGAGUCCAACAUUACGUCUACUCCUCGAUGCCCGACCACCAUGCCUACAACAAGGACUGGCCAUCACUACCGCUCUGGGCGUCGAAGCACCGUGUGGAGGACUAUGUGAAGGAGAUUGGUAUUCCGGCAACCUUUGUCUACACUGGCAUCUAUAACAAUAACUUCACCUCGCUGCCAUACCCCCUCUUUUGCACCGAUUUGCAGCCGGACGGAUCGUGGAUCUGGCAAGCACCCUUCCAUCCAAACGCCAAGCUCCCGUGGCUUGAUGCUGAGCACGACGUUGGCCCGGCUAUUCUGCAGAUUUUCAAGGACGGCGUCAAGAAGUGGGGUGGAGGCAAGCGCAUCGCACUAGCAUACGAGAUGCUCACACCUCUAGAAGCAUGCGAGGUCUUUUCCCGGGGUGUCGGCCGACCGGUACGGUACGUCCGCGGACCGAUCGAGGUCAAGGUCAAGAUUCCCGAGGGCUAUCGAAUCCAGCUGGAGGCGCUCGAGGAGCUCUUUAACCUGCACAACGAGGAUCCCGAGAAACAACCACCAUACUUUGGCGACAUUGAGCUUGAAAGAAGCUGCCCUCGGGCGGCUCUGGAGCUGUGGGAAGGUCCAAGAGGACUGGAGGAGUACGCCCGCGAAGUGUUCCCGCUAGAGGAGCAAGCCAACGGCCUCACAUGGAUGAUCGAGGAGUAUGACGGAGGCGGCAGCAAUAAUAUCGGUAAUAAUCAUAAUAAUCACCACCAACAGGAGGAGCAUUACCAGCACCAAAACGGACAUCAAAACGGUCACAAUGGGAUCAAUGGGCAUAUCGUAAAUGGUGGAGUUGAUUCCGAGAGCGAAGAGGAAGACUCCGAUUCGGAUGACGAGGGAUUGGUGAUGCGAGGGAACAAGCGGGCUGAUGAGGAAUGGCUCGCGUAGCAAUCAUCCAUCCACAUCCACGCAAUCGACUGUUGGUAAGAAGGGGAGCAUGACAGAGCAUCAAGGGGAGCAAAUGGAAACAACAAUACCCAUCUUCUUACUGUUAUCAAAAUUUUCUUCCUUUUUCUCGGG